UUUUCAUACUGUUCUUAUCGAUGGCCUCUGGCAUUAAGCAUCCUUCAUGGAACGUUCCAAGGGGAUGAGGCUGGAACUGGAGGCCUUCUUCCGUUCCCCUCCCCCUUUUUAUUACAUAAAGCUGACAACUGCAGAUUUGUCCCUUGCUGACACUCAGCCAGUCAAAGGAAGGAGUGCAUGUUCAUCCCAGCUUGCUGUGCUUUGCUGGGUCCUCCUCCAGCCCUAACUUUCAGCUCCAGUAACUUGAUACUGCUUGGCCGGGGCUAAUAGAAUCCCUCGCACAUUGGAAAGCGGCUUCAUGUACAGUCUGCAUUUCUUUUUUAAAUUGCUUUUUGAAAGGCUGCUGGUGGUUCUGCACACGUUGGACUGCAGAGCUCCUUGCAAAUGCUCCAGAUUGCAACUGCGAGCCGGAGGAUUACCAAGCAAAUCCAGAAAUUGAUUCUUUUUACCCCCUCUCUUCCUCUUUUUUUUUUUUUUUUUUUUUUUAAUUCAAGGCAGACAUGGCUAAAAUGGAAGGACUUUCUGCAGAGAGCAUCAAAGACUUUCUCUCAUCCAGCGAGGAGAAGGGUGGGCGAUCUAAAUCUAUUGUGGGAUUUGUUUGCAUUUUCCCUCUGGUGGCUUUGUUGGUUACUCUGAAAGAUCCAGUUGGAGCUGCAGCUCAGAAAUUUCAGGAAGACACCAUCUCGCCCAGCCUCCAGUGGGUGGGUGCCCCGGCUCUCCAAGGCCUCGCGCUCCCACACUUCCCCCGUGCCCGGAGAAAACGCUACACGCUCACACCGGGCCAGCUGAAAUGGGACCACUUCAACCUGACGUACAGAAUUGUGUCCUUCCCAAGAAACCUCAUCAAUGAGAGCGACACGCGGAAGGGACUGGCGGUGGCUUUCAGAAUGUGGAGCAACAUUUCACCCUUCAACUUCAAGGAGGUGCCACGCAGCUCGACGAGCGACCUGAUAAUUGGCUUCUAUUCCAUAAACCACACGGAUUGCCUGGAGUCACUCAUCCACCAUUGUUUUGAUGGGACGACAGGGGAGCUUGCCCACGCUUUCUUCCCCAAAACUGGGGAAAUCCAUUUUGAUGACCAUGAAUACUGGAUAUUGGGAAACACCCGGUUCAGCUGGAAAAAGGGUGUUUGGCUUACAGACCUGGUACACGUAGCAGCUCAUGAAAUCGGACACGCCCUGGGACUCAUGCACUCCCAGAACUCCAAUGCCCUGAUGCACAUCAAUGCCACUUUAACUGGGAAAAAGACCAUCUCCCAAGAUGACGUCUGGGGGAUUCAAAGACUCUAUGGCUGCACAGACAGACUAUUCCUAUGUCCACUGUGGACGCGGAAGGGUUUCUGUGAGACUCGUAUGAAGCUGAUGAAAAAGCAUUGUCCCGCCAGCUGUGAUUUCUGCUACGAAUUCCCUUUUCCAACAGUAGCUCCAACUCCUCCUCCACCCAGGACGAAAACCAAGAUUGUUCCUGAAGGCAGAAAUGUCACUUUUCGCUGUGGACAGAAGAUUAUUCAUAAAAAAGGCAAAGUUUACUGGUAUAAAGAUAAGGAGCUUCUGGAAUACUCGUAUCCAGGUUACUUAGCUUUGAACGACGACCACAUGAGCAUUAUUGCCAAUGCAAUUAACGAAGGAACCUAUACCUGCAUUGUGAAGAAAAAGCAAAGAAUCCUGACUACCUAUUCCUGGAGGAUUAGGGUUAGGCACUAACAAGGGACUUGAAUGACAAUUUCAAGUACUGCUAGUUAUGUUUCAGACAAAAAUCCCAUCCUCUUCCGCAUUUUAUGUUUAACCUCUGGCAGAGCACUCCAAUCAGCUGCUACCAUUGGUUGGGCAAAAAAGUAGGAUGCUGGGACUUGACUGAAAAACUCUCCUCCAAGAGUUUAGUAUUAAAGAAUUUAUCAAGCAUAUGGUCCUGCAAAAAGAGAAUUUAAAAGGGGAAAAAAAAUCUUGACGCCAAGAUGACCCAGGUAAUUGUGGAUCAUUUAAAAACUAACCGUUUGGUUGUAUUAAUGGAACUUGGCUUUAGAUUAAAAAUGGAUGUAGCAAUAGCUUUGCAUAUAUAUUUGAAACAAAAGGCGUGGUUAAUGUUCCAGGGUUUUUCUUGCUCUCAAGCAUCAUUUCUUUAUAAUCAAAUAACAUUCUAAAAUCCCAAUGUGGGGCAUUACAUGGGCUUGAAACAAGAGACCAAUCCGUGGCAGCAUUCUCCAGUGAUGCUGUCUUAUUCAAGCACUGAAGGAGUGUGCGUGUGUGUGUGGGGGUGGGUAUCUAAUUCUAGAAUGAACUUUUUCCAGGAACUCAUUUCCCCCCCUGUACAUUUUUCUGUGGUUUGCAUUUAUCACGAUGUGUUAUUUACCUCUGUCUGCAGCUUUGAAGCCUUCAUCCGAUGACAUUCUUAGAUAACAAGUUACCAAAUCACAGGCAUUUUUCUGUAUAAAUAAAACAAAUGAUAGAAA